UGUGUGAAACACAAUGUCGAUUAUGUUAUUAUUCGAUUCGCUAUCUAAUUUAACCUAUUACAGCUAAAUAACGAUGGAACUUCGAUACGUCAUAGUAUGUUAAAGAACGCUGAUGACUUAUGCGAUGUUAUGCCACUAUGUGUAUUCGUACAUCGAUUUAUAUAUAUGUAGGUAACGUAUAUGCUGCGUAAACAUGUAAUUUUUUAUCUCUACGUGAAAACUUAACCUUUAAAUUUCUUAUCCGACCUAUAACUUAAUUUGUAUUAUCGUAUCAGUUAUAUGUAUUUAAAUACGUAUGAAACAACAUGGCUUGCGAAGCUUGUCGUGUAAGAUUCACCUUUUUCACCCGCAAGAAACAAUGCACGGAUUGCUUGAGAUAUUUUUGUUCCGAAUGCGUAAUCAAACGGUCGGAUAAAGUAUUGAGUUGUGACAGUUGUAGUUUGUUGUCACGAAGACCAUUAAUACGAAGUCAGAUUGUACAAAUAUGUUCCAAAGAUCUACGUAAAUAUUUGUUAGCCAAAAAAAUACCAAUUAAUGGAUGCAUAGAGAAAGAAGAUUUAAUCAAAUUAUUGAUGGUAUAUGCUAAUAAUAAUGGCGAUUAUUCCAGUACUGAAAAUACGCACGUUCUGUUUUCUAAUCGAUCAACGACCAUAAAUCAUGAAUCUACCAAUCGCUUCCAAAAUAUGACAAAUGAAACUGAAUCUGUUGACUCGGGACAAGAGAAUUCUGAUACGUUAAAAGAAAUUCUCACGAAUCCUGUACAAUUAUCUGAUAUAAAUACGUUAUCAGAACUGGAAUGCUUAAGCAUUAAACAAUUGAAGAAUUUGUUGAGUACCAAUCGAGUAAAUUAUAAAGGUUGCGUUGAAAAACAGGAAUUAUUGGAUAGAGCUUCUAGGUUGUGGAAAGAACAUGAACAAUCAAGAAUAAAUGUGGAAAUCCCGGAUGAAAAUCUUUGCAAAAUCUGUUGGGAUGAACCGAUAGAAUGCGUGAUCUUGGAAUGUGGUCAUAUGGCUUGUUGUUUAAAGUGUGGCAAACAAUUGUCGGAAUGUCCCAUUUGUAAACAGUAUAUAGUACGGGUAGUACGAUUUUUUAAAUCUUAAGAAAAAACAUACUAUAAUUGUAUUAUCAGAAUUUAAGGUACAUGGUAUCAAAGAAAUUUCAAUUAAUUCACUUGCUUUAAAGGGGACGAUUACAUGGAGGACUAUUUGUUCGAACGUUUGCUUCGUAUUUUCCAUUUGUUCACGCUUUCGUAUAAAAUAAUUCAGUACCGAAUGCCUGUAAAUACUGUAUGUUACUUUGUUCACACCUCCUAUUCUUGGUCUUUGUCCAACAAAAUUUAGUUAAUUGAAAUCGUUGACCCACCUGUUGUGACCUCCCUUUAUCGAUCAAAAUUUACCGAGUCACCGUUUUCAAUUAACUACGACUAUCAUAUAUCAUCCAUAAUGUAACAGUUCUCGGUACAGCCACAUAUAUUGAAAAACAUGAUAUAUUUUGUAUUGUUCGUCUUA